GAGGCGGCCGGGAGCCGGUAAAGCCGAGCUGUCUCGAGGGAGGAGCAGCGCGGGUCGUGCCGCGGUGCCGUCCGCGGCUGAGGAAAAUGGUAUUCGAGUCCUUGGUCGUGGACGUGUUGAACCGGUUCCUGGGCGACUAUGUGGUGAACCUGGACAAGUCUCAGCUCUCUCUGGGCAUUUGGAAAGGAGCUGUGGUCCUCAAGAACCUUGAAAUUAAAGAAAAUGCAUUGAGUGAAUUGGAUGUACCAUUCAAAGUUAAGGUUGGCCAUAUAGGUAGUCUUACACUUAAAAUUCCAUGGAAAAAUCUUUAUACUCAACCAGUUGAAGCUGUUUUGGAAGAAAUCUAUUUACUUAUAGUGCCUUCUUCUAGAAUAAAAUAUGAUCCUAUCAAAGAAGAAAAGCAAUUAAUGGAAGCAAAGCAGCAGGAACUAAAAAGAAUAGAAGAAGCAAAGCAGAAAGUAGUUGAUCAAGAAAAUCCUCCGGAGGAGAAACAGGACACUUUUUCAGAAAAAUUAAUUACUCAAAUCAUAAAAAAUCUUCAAGUGAAAAUUUCCAAUAUACAUGUUCGUUAUGAAGAUGAUAUCACAAAUCAAGACAAACCACUCUCAUUUGGUAUUUCCCUUCAAAAUCUCAGCAUGCAGACAACUGAUCAAAAUUGGAUUCCAUGUUUACAUGAUGAAACUGAAAAACUAGUUCGUAAGCUAAUCCGAUUAGAUAAUCUCUUUGCUUACUGGAAUGUGAAGUCUCAGAUGUAUUAUCUGAAUGAUUAUGAGGAAUCAUUGGUACUCUUGAAAAAUGGUAUUGUCAAUGAAAAUAUUGUUCCAGAUGGUUAUGACUUUGUUUUUCGACCUAUAUCUGCUAAUGCCAAGCUUCAGAUGAAUCGGCGAUCAGAUUUUGACUUUUCUGACCCCAAAAUAAACCUGGACGUUGAGCUGCAUACCAUAGUGAUUGAGUUUAAUAAACCACAGUAUUUCAGUCUCAUGGAGCUCCUCGAGUCCAUUGACAUGAUGACACAAAACCUGCCCUACAGAAAGUUCAAGCCCAGCGUGCCUCUUCACUACCAUGCCAAAGAAUGGUGGGCUUAUGCUAUACACGGUAUUCUUGAAGUAAAUGUUUGUCCCCGUUUACGGAUGUGGUCUUGGAAGCAUAUUAGAGACCAUAGACAAAAAAUGAAACAAUAUAGAGAAUUUUAUAAGAAAAAGUUAACAAGUAAGAAGCCAUCUCCUGAAAUUCUCAUGUCUUUGGAGGAGUUGGAGAAAACCUUGGAUGUUUUUAAUAUAACCAUAGCCAGACAACAGGCAGAAGUUGAGGUAAAGAAAGCUGGAUACAAGAUUUACAAAGAAGGAGUAAAAGAUCCAGAGGAUAAUGCAGGAUGGUUUAGCUGGCUGUGGACGUGGUCAGAAUCAAAUGCUAAACAACAACUAGAAGUUAAACCUGGAAUUCUUGAAGAAAUGUUGACACCUGAAGAAAAAGUUUUGCUUUAUGAAGCAAUUGGUUAUAGUGAAACAGCAGUUGAUCCAACUUUGCCAAAAACAUUUGAAGCCUUGAAGUUUUUUGUUCACUUGAAAAGUAUGUCUGUUAUUCUAAGAGAAAAUCACCAAAAACCGGAGCUGGUAAACAUUAUAGUAGAAGGACUUAGUACUUUGAUUGUGCAAAGGCCAGGAGCACAAGCCAUAAAAUUUGAAACCAAAAUUGAUUCAUUUUAUAUUACUGGCCUUCCAGAUAAUUCAAGAAAACCCCACCUACUGUCUUCAUUGGACGAUAUGUCACUCUUCCAGAUUACAUUUGAGACGAACCCUUUAGAUGAAACUGUUGCUCAGAGGUGUAUCAUAGAGGCUGAGCCUUUAGAGAUAAUAUACGAUGCAAGGACAGUCAAUAGUAUAGUGGAGUUCUUCAGACCCCCAAAAGACGUCCACCUAGCACAACUUACCUCAGCAACUUUGACAAAACUUGAAGAAUUUCGAGAUAAAACAGCAACAGGUUUGCUGUAUGUUAUUGAAACACAGAAAGUUCUUGAUCUCAGAAUUAAUGUGAAGGCUUCAUAUGUUAUUGUCCCACAGUAUGGAAUUUUUAGCCCCACAUCAAAUCUACUUCUUUUGGAUCUUGGUCAUUUAAAGGUGACAAGUAAAAGUCGAUCAGGAUUACCAGAAAUGAAACCAAGUAACACUAGCCUUGAAGAGAUAAUGCAUAGAGCUUAUGAUUCCUUUGAUAUUCAGCUUACAAGCAUACAGUUGCUUUACAGCAGAGUGGGUGAUAACUGGAAAGAAGCACGAAAGCUCAAUGUAUCAACACAGCAUAUUUUGACACCUAUGCACGUCAAUGUAGAACUCUCUAAAGCCAUGGUUUUCAUGGAUAUCAAGAUGCCCAAAUUCAAGAUUUCUGGAAAAUUACCUCUUAUUUCAUUACGAAUCUCGGAUAAAAAACUACAAGGGAUUAUGGAAUUGUUUGAAAGCAUUCCAAAACCUGAACCCAUAACUGAUCUGUCUGCCCCUGCCAAAUCAUUCCAGAUUCAAGCAUCUACUUUGCCAGCAUCACAGAUUUCUCAGAAGUUAAUCCCUUUAUUGGAACAGCCUUCUGUUGCCGAAGAUGAUUCAGAGGAAGAAUUUUUUGAUGCACCAUGUAGUCCCUUGGAAGAGUAUCCUCAAAUCCUAUCUAGAGUUAGAAGUCCUCGACCCAAAAAAUUACAAAAGAAAGAGUGUUCAGUGAAUUUAAUUCAACUUAGGAUGCGAUUUGAAGUAGCAGAGGUUUUGAUUCAGUUUUAUCACCUUGUGGGAGACUGCGAACUACCCGUGCUAGAAAUGGGUGUUUUAGGAUUGGGUACUGAAGUUGAGAUUAGAACAUUUGAUUUGAAAGCAAAUGCCUUUUUGAAAGAGUUCUGGUUAAAAUGUCCAGAAUACUUAGAUGAAAACAAGAAACCAAUUUAUUUGAUCACCACCCUGGAUAACACAAUGGAAGAUUUGUUAACAUUGGAAUUUGUGAGGGUUGAAAAAAAUGCACCCAGUUUAAAAAGUACUUAUAACAAUGUUUUACAACUUAUUAAGGUGAAUUUUUCCUCUUUGGAUAUUCAUUUACACACUGAAGCACUUCUCAAUACAAUGAAUUAUCUUAAUAAUACCCUUCCGCAAUUAGGGGAACAAUCUGCCCCAGUGUCUGUUGCAGAGACUGAAGACAAAGGAGAUCUCAUUAAAAUGCUUGCUUUAAAGCUACCCACGAAUGAAGAUACUAUUACCUUGCAACUUUUGGCUGAAUUGUCUUGUUUACGGAUUUUUAUUCAAGAUCAGAAACAAAAAAUUUCUGAAAUUAAGAUUGAAGGUCUUGAUUCUGAGAUGAUUAUGAAGCCAUUAGUCACUGAAAUAAAUGCAAAACUAAGGAAUAUAAUUGUGUUAGAUUCUGAUAAAAUGGCUGUAUACAAAAAGGCUGUUUAUAUCACUGGAAAAGAAGUUUUCAGCUUCAAAAUGAUUUCUUACAUGAAUGCAACUGCUGGGUCUGCAUACACAGAUAUGAAUGUGGUUGAUGUUCAAGUUAAUUUAACUGUUGGUUGCAUUGAAGUCGUGUUUGUCACAAAAUUCCUAUAUUCUAUAUUGGCUUUUAUAGAUAAUUUUCAAGCAGUUAAAAAUGCCUUGGCUGAAGCAACUGCUCAAGCAGCAGGUAUGGCUGCUGAUGGUGUAAUGGAACUGGCUCGAAGGAGUUCUAGGCUCGCAUUGGAUGUUAACAUAAAAGCCCCUAUUGUGGUCAUCCCGCAGUCUCCAGUGUCUCACAAUGUUUUUGUUGCUGAUUUUGGCUUAAUUACAAUGAAAAAUACAUUUGUUACUGUAACAGAAACCCAGAGUAAUCUCCCACCUGUAAUUGAUUUGAUAACAAUAAAAUUGAGUGAAAUGAGACUAUACAGGUCUCAAUUUAUGACUACUGCAUACCAGGAAGUGCUUGAUCUGCUACUACCUUUGAACCUGGAAGUGAUUGUUGAACGAAACUUAUCCUGGGAAUGGUACAAGGAAGUUCCUUGUUUAAAUGUAAAAGCUCAGCUAAAACCCAUGGAGUUCAUUCUUAGUCAAGAAGAUUUAACAACCAUCUUUCAAACAUUGUAUGGCAAUAUAUGGUAUGGACGAGAUGUUUCUGUCCCAUCUUCUAUAAGUAAAGACAAUGAAAUCAUGACUAGUGGAGCAAACCAUGCUUCCAACCAUUCAGGAGGCACCAUGGUGACAGCUGCUGUGGUGGAGGCCCACCCCCAGGCCGCUCAGGCUAACACUACUCUGGACGUUACUUUCAGGACUGAUUACCUCACCAUGGCACUUUACAGUCCAGGGCCUGAACAGGCCUUCUUUACAGAUGUUCGUGAUCCUUCUCUGAAACUUGCUGAAUUUAAAUUGGAAAAUAUUAUAAGUAGUUUGAAACUGUAUACAGAUGGCUCUACAUUCUGUUCAUUCUCAUUAAAAAACUGUAUUUUAGAUGAUAAAAGGCCUCAUGUCAUAAAAGCCACACCUAGAAUGAUAGGACUGACACUUGGGUUUGACAAAAAGGACAUGGUGGAUGUAAAGUAUAGAAGAAUCAGAGAUGCUUUUGUGACUGAUGCAGUUGUGCAGGAGAUGUAUGUUUGUGCAAGUGUGGAAUUUCUGAUGACUGUUGCACAUGUCUUUUUUGAUGCCUACAUGACUAGUACGGCUUUAGAAACCAGUGUCCAAGCAUGGAGUACUAAAGAAGAACCUGCACAGGAUUUAGGGAAGUGGGAAAUAAAUAUUCUAAUAAAAAACCCUGAGAUUGUUUUUGUGGCUGACAUGACAAGGAAUGAUGCUCCUGCGUUAGUCAUUACAACACAGUGUGAAAUUUGCUGUAAAGGUGACCCUGAAAGCAAUACAGUGACCGCUGCCAUUAAAGAUCUCCAAGUCAGAGCAUGCCCAUUUCUUCCAGCCAAGAGAAAGGGCAAAAUCACCACUGUUUUACAGCCUUGUGACUUGUUUUAUCAGGCUACUCAGAUAGGAACAGAUCCACAAAUAAUUGACAUAUCAGUAAAAUCUCUUACACUAAAGGUUUCACCAGUUAUCAUAAAUACCAUAAUAACCAUUACUUCAGCACUUUAUACAACUAAGGAAACCAUCCCAGAAGAAAGCACCUCUUCCAUAGCACAUUUAUGGGACAAGCAGGAUACUAAGAAUCUGAAAAUGUGGUUUCUUGAAGAAUCCAAUGAAACAGAAAAAGUAGUUCCAUCAAAUGAAUUGAUUCCAGGAGGAGAGACACUGAACUUGAAUAUUGAUUCUAUUUUUAUAGUUCUCGAAGCUGGAAUUGGUCAUAGAACAGUGCCGAUGCUGUUGGCAAAGUCACGCUUUUUGGGGGAAAGCAAAAACUGGAGUACUUUAAUAAAUCUCCACUGUCAGCUUGAGCUGGAAGUUCACUACUAUAACGAAAUGUUUGGUGUUUGGGAACCUUUACUGGAACCCUUAGAGAUUGAUCAGACUGAUGAUUUUAGACCGUGGAAUCUUGGAAUCAAGAUGAAAAAGAAAGCAAAAGAGUCCAUCGUUGAGUCAGAUAGUGAAGAAGAAAACUACAAAGUACCAGAAUAUAAAACUGUUAUAAGUUUUUAUUCUAAAGACCAAUUAAACAUUACAUUAUCCAAGUGUGGCCUUGUGAUGUUAAAUAAUUUAGUCGAGGCAUUUACUGAAGCUGCUACUGGAUCUUCAGCUGUCUUCCUAAGGGAUCUAGCACCAUUUAUGAUUUUAAAUUCUCUUGGACUUACUGUCUCUGUUUCACCAAGUGAUUCUUUUAAUGUACUUAAUGUUCCUAUGGCAAAAUCAUAUGAGCUGAAAAAUGAAGAGAGUUUAAGUAUGGAUUAUGUACGAACUAAGGACAGUGAUCAUUUCAAUGCAAUGACCAGCCUAAGCAGCAAACUCUUCUUCAUUAUCCUCACACCUGUUAACCACUCUGCUGCUGACAAGAUUCCAUUAACAAAAGUGGGACGGCGUCUGUAUACAGUAAGACACAGGGAGUCUGGAGUUGAAAGAUCUAUUGUUUGUCAAAUUGACACAGUUGAAGGAAGUAAGAAGGUAACAAUCCGCUCACCAGUGCAGAUUAAGAAUCAUUUUUCAAUUCCAAUUUCCGUUUUUGAAGGGGAUACGUUAUUGGGAAUUGCUUUACCUGAAAAUGAAUUCAACAUACCAUUAACAUCUUACCGAUCAUCGCUUUCUUUGAAGCCAGAUGAUAAGGACUACCAAAUGUGUGAAGGAAUUGACUUUGAAGAAAUCAUAAAAUAUGAUGGACAACUUCUAAGGAAGAAGUGCAAAUCUAUACACGCUUCUAAGAGAUCAUUUGUUAUUAAUAUUGUCCCAGAAAAAGAUAAUUUGACUUCUCUGUCAGUGUAUUCAGAAGACGGCUGGGACUUACCAUAUGUAAUGCACUUGUGGCCACCUAUCCUCAUUCGGAAUCUUCUUCCCUACAAAAUUGCUUAUUACCUAGAGGGCAUUGAAAACACAGUUUUUACUUUAAGUGAAGGACAUUCAUCACAAAUUUAUAAUGUUGAAAUGGACAAAGCCAAGCUGCACUUAAAAUUGCUUGACUAUCUUAAUCAUGAUUGGAAAAGUGAAUUUCAUAUAAAACCUAAUCAACAAGACAUCAGUUUCAUCAACUUUACCUGUCUCACAGAAAUGGAAAAGACUGAUUUGGAUAUUGCUAUCCAUAUGACUUACAAUACUGGUCAGACAAUUGUGGCAUUUCACAGUCCAUAUUGGAUGGUCAAUAAAACUGAUCGGAUGUUACAAUACAAAGCAGAUGGAAUCCAUCGAAAGCACCCACCUAAUUAUAAAAAGCCAGUUCUCUUUUCCUUUCAGCCAAACCACUUUUUUAACAACAAUAAGGUUCAGCUUAUGGUAACUGACAGUGAGCUCUCUGAUCAGUUCUCAAUUGAUACUGUUGGUAGUCAUGGAGCCAUUAAAUGCAAAGGCCUGAAAAUGGAAUACCAAGUUGGUGUCACUAUAAACCUCAGCAGUUUUAAUAUUACCAGAAUUGUGGUAUUUACUCCUUUUUAUAUGAUUAAAAAUAAAAGCAAAUACCGUAUAUCAGUGGCAGAAGAAGGAAGUGAUAAAUGGCUCUCUCUUGACUUAGAUCAGUCUAUCCCCUUCUGGCCUGAGGAUGCCUCCAAUAUUCUUCUCAUUCAAGUUGAAAGAAGUGAAGGUCCCCCCAAAAGGAUACAUUUUAACAAACAAGACAAUUGUAUUUUAUUACGACUGAAUAAUGAGCUUGGAGGAAUUAUUGCAGAAGUUAAUUUGGCUGAGCACUCUACAGUUAUUACAUUUUCAGAUUACCAUGAUGGUGCAGCUACAUUCCUACUAAUAAAUCAUACCAAGAAUGACCUUGUUCAGUACAAGCAGAGUUCUCUCAGUGAAAUAGAAGAUUCCCUUCCUCCUGGAAAAGCAGUAUAUUAUACAUGGGCUGAUCCAGUGGGUUCUAGAAAGCUGAAGUGGAGUUGUGGGCAAAGUCAUGGUGAAGUAACACAUAAGGAUGAUAUGAUGACCCCUAUAAGUGUUGGGAAAAAAACCAUUUAUUUAGUGUCAUUCUUUGAAGGUUUGCAACGUAUUAUUCUAUUCACUGAAGACCCAAAAGUGUUUAAAGUAACAUAUGAAAGUGAAAAAGCAGAGUUAGCAGAGCAAGAGAUCGUAUUGGCAUUACAAGAUGUUGGAAUUUCACUUGUCAAUAAUUAUACAAAACAAGAAGUAGCCUAUAUAGGAAUUACAAGUUCUGAUGUGGUUUGGGAGACAAAACCAAAGAAAAAAGCAAGGUGGAGGCCAAUGAGUAUAAAGCACACUGAGAAGCUGGAGAAGGAGUUCAAGGAAUACACAGAAUCUUCACCUUUGGAAGACAAGGUUAUUGAGUUGGACAAUAACAUUCCGGUUCGCUUAACACCUAGUGGCAAUGACAUGAAAAUUCUGCAACCACAUGUGAUAGCUGUACGGAGAAAUUACCUCCCAGCACUAAAAGUAGAAUAUAACACAUCUGCACACCAGUCAUCGUUCAGAAUUCAGAUUUAUAGAAUACAGAUCCAAAACCAGAUUCAUGGUGCUAUUUUUCCUUUCGUGUUUUAUCCUAUUAAACCGCCAAAGUCUGUCACCAUGGACUCAGCACCAAAGCCCUUUACAGAUGUUAGCAUUGUCAUGAGAUCUGCAGGACAUUCCCAAAUAUCACGCAUUAAGUAUUUCAAAGUGUUGAUUCAAGAAAUGGAUCUCAGAUUGGAUCUUGGGUUUGUGUAUGCCAUAGCAGACCUUGUCACAAAAGCUGAGGUGACUGAGAACACAAAGGUUGAAUAUUUUCAUAAGGAUGUAGAAACAUUUGAACAAGAAUAUGAAACAGUUUCUUCAGUAGAUCAAUCUCAAAUCAAUCUCUUCGAGUAUUUCCAUAUAUCUCCUAUCAAGUUGCAUUUGAGUGUUUCACUGAGCUCUGGUAGAGAAGAAGCUAAAGAUUCAGGACAACGUGGAGGACUGAUUCCCGUUCAUUCUUUAAAUCUUUUGCUGAAGAGUAUUGGUGCCACCCUUACAGAUGUGCAAGAUGUAGUUUUUAAACUUGCCUUUUUUGAACUCAACUACCAGUUCCGUACAACAUCUGAACUGCAAUCUGAAGUAAUAAGACACUAUUCAAAACAGGCUAUUAAGCAAAUGUAUGUACUCAUUCUCGGACUUGAUGUUUUGGGAAAUCCAUUUGGCUUAAUUAGAGAAUUUUCAGAAGGCGUAGAAGCAUUUUUUUAUGAACCUUACCAGGGAGCCAUACAGGGUCCUGAAGAGUUUGUGGAAGGAAUGGCACUAGGACUGAAAGCACUGGUUGGCGGAGCCGUUGGUGGGCUAGCUGGUGCUGCCUCCAAAAUCACCAGUGCGAUGGCUAAAGGAGUAGCAGCCAUGACAAUGGAUGAAGACUACCAGCAGAAAAGAAGGGAAGCAAUGAAUAAACAGCCAGCUGGCCUUAGAGAAGGCAUCACUCGUGGAGGAAAAGGCCUGGUUUCUGGUUUUGUAAGUGGCAUUACGGGGAUUGUUACAAAACCGAUUAAAGGUGCUCAAAAGGAAGGCGCAGCGGGUUUCUUCAAAGGCGUCGGGAAAGGUUUAGUUGGAGCAGUGGCAAGGCCAACAGGUGGCAUCAUAGACAUGGCCAGCAGUACCUUUCAGGGGAUCAAAAGAGCUACAGAGACUUUUGAAGUAGAAAGUUUGCGACCUCCCCGGUUCUUUAAUGAAGAUGGAGUUAUCCGACCUUACAGGCUGAGGGAGGGUACAGGAAAUCAAAUGUUACAGAAAACUCAGGUCUACAGGGAAUGGAUUAUGACUCCCAAUAGCAGUAGUGAUGAGGAGGAAGAGACCUAGUCAGAGCCCAGUUGUUAAAGUUCAUAUGCUCCUUACCAUUUCAUUGAACAUUUGUGUGACUGUUGUCAUCACACCCAGAUGUCCAUUUUUAGGAACGUAAACACUGUUUACUUAUAAAGUGUUUUUCUGAACAUCAUGAUGGAGCAAAGCAAUUUAUUUACACACAGGCAAAUGUUUUUGUCAGUUAAGGUGUAGAGUAUAUCAUAUAUUAUGAAUUUGCUUUUAUAUAUCCUCGCUCUGUGUCCCACAGUGUGUUGUUAAGAACUGAAGUCAGACUUAAGUGAGGUUUUAAUGUUCAUGACUUCUACUAUAAAUCAUCUGCUUAUUUGUUCGCAAAAUACCUUUUUUUUUUUUUUUUUUUUGAUAAAGCGUUAUGUGAAUUUUCUGGACCAUAAUGAAAAUACCAUUGUUAAGAGAAACUCAAGUGGGCGGGAGGAAGGACAGUAAUGCCGUUCAAUGUUUUGUAUGUAUUUAGCACUUAAAGCAUUUUUGUCAAAUUUCUUUUCAUAAUAAACGUACAUAACUUGAAGCUGUGUGGAUUUGUUCUGUUCCAGAAUCAUCUGAGUUUAACUAUUAUAUGAAAACUCGUGAUUUGUCAUAGAAAAUUAAUUAUAAGUAUGCUCUAAAAUCUUCAAUAGUUAUUUUAAUGUUAUUUCCUCGUACACUUCUGAGACAGUGAACAGUUUAUCUAACUUACAUUCCCAUCUAUUGUAUCCCUAUUAAAAUACUAUGAAUUAAUUCAGAAUAAUAGAAUUUGUAUAAUCAUAAAUUUAGACAUUUUUCUGAAUGUUGUGAAGAAAGGGCAUCUUUUGUCUCUUGAGUUUUACAAGCAAAUUUAUGUUUUGGUAUUGAAUUCUUUUUUAAACAAAUAUAAUUCUCUUGUUCUUCUUUGUAAAGAUAAUUGAUGUGGCAAAAACAACAAAACAGCAAAUGCCCUAAAAAGAUGAAUUAUUAUAGUUACUGUAAUGCAUGAUCACCUAUGACAGCUAAGUCUUUUGAUCAGUAAAGGAAUAAGGAAUAUUUACUUUAACUUGCAUUAAACACUUUGAACUUACAUUAAGUUGUAGGAGAUAAUUUGCUAAUUUUCGAGAUUUCUUUUCAACUCAUGAUUUGAUUUCUGCAUUUGCCAAGUUUUCAUUCCUAUAAACCACUAUCUUCUGUGCUCUGUGAAAAUGACAGACCCACAAGAGCAGAAAGGGACAGCUAUCUAGUAAUUAGCUCUUGUCUUUCCAACAUUCAGUGACAUUAAAACAAAUCAAGGGUAUGUAUAGCAAGACCUAAAAUAAGCAAAUGUCAAAGAAUUUGUUGUUUUUAUUACAGUAAUAGUCUUGGAAAUAUGUAAAUUAAAAUAGUGACUAUAAAGUAACGCCUUCUGCAUCACACUGAAUUUGUUUUACACCUGCUGUUUUCUAACCUGUAGCCAACAUCACAAAGCUGCCUCUUCUGCUAAAAAGCUGGGCAACGCAAUUGUCAUACUUUGUGUGCAUAAGGAAGGAAAGGUGGAGAAAUUUCUUAAUUUCUGAUGUUGCAGAGCAUAAGACCUUUCUCAGAGAGAAAGUGCCAAACUCGUGGUUUGCCAGACAUUUGCUGAGUUUUCCUGUUGACAAUCUGUGUAGCUUAUUUCUGUGACUCCAAUAUCAUGGAGAUGUUCUUCUUUUUUUUUUUUUUUUUUUUUUUGUGUGUGUGUGUAUAAAAGAAAACAUUUACUUUUUGCCUUUUAAAGCACAAAAUUUUCAGACUUUUCUGUAACAUUAGGUAUCCUAGUAUUAUGGGAUUUUUUGGUUUUGUUUUGUUUUUUAAUUGUUUUUAUUGAACUAUACAUUUUUGUCCACUUCCCUCCCUUCUCCCUUUCUCCCCUUCUACCCUCUCCUGUCACUCCCAUCCUCCCAGUUUAUUCAGAAAAGCUUCUGUUUUUCUCCUUCCUGUGAUCUAUUUAUGCCUCUCUUAAGGUCCUCUUUGUUAUUAAUAUUUCUUAACUAUUAAGGAUUUAUCUGGCUGGAGAGAUGGCUCAGAGGUUAAAAGCACUGGCUGCUCUUCUAGAAGUCGUGAGUUCAAUUCUCAGUAGCCACAUGGCAGCUCACAGCCAUCUAUAAUAAGAUCUAGUGCUUUCUGUAUACAUUUAUUAUGUAUACAGAAUACUGUAUAAUAAAUCUUUAAAAAAAUAAUUCAUCUGGAAAAAUGUUCCAGUUAUUUUGACAGUGGCUUGCCAUUUUAAUUAAAAGAAAAUUAGAAGUAGAAUCAUAUUUAUUUAAAAUCUCUUCAAGAGGAAGAUUAAUAACAACAUCACAGUUAUGUGUAAGCCUUAUUGAUGUGUUCUUAGGGUUUCUUAUUAUUUGGUUUAGCCCUUAGGAGUAUCAUAUGUCCUUAGCAGUAUAAUUGCCUCUUUCUGGUUUUCUGCCACUGGAAAUGUUUUCAAGCAUCUUUAAUCACGAGUACUAAUUGGUUUUACAGUUUUGCUUUUUGGAAAGCACUGCUUUUAUCAGAGAAAAGUUUAAGACCGAGAAUUGCUCUUGUUUUGUACUAUUGCCAUCUUGGUUGGAAGUGUAGAAUUAGA